AUGCAGUAUCAACAUUUCAGACGAUCAGGUAUUAAAAAUCUGGACUACUUUUCUGAUGACAAUGUCGAUCCUACCAAUCCGGAUCCAUCUGUUGUGGUGCACGUCAGAAAUUUAUGCCCGAAAGCUACCGAAGCCGAUUUGCUUGAAGCCCUGACGCAUUUUGGAACCAUCGCUUACACGACGGUAAUGACAAACAAAAGGAUGGCACUGGUAGAAUUUGAGCUAUCCAGUGCACAGAAUUGCGUACAGUACGCUCAGAAUAAUCCAAUAUACGUCGCAGGCCAACCGGCUCUGUUUAACUAUUCCACCAGCAAAAUGAUCCAAAGAAUAGGACUGGAAUCUGAACAUCCAAACUCAGUUUUGGUUCUCACGGUGUAUAAUGCUCAGUAUCCCAUUAACGUGGAUGUUAUCCACACUAUUUGUGAAAGCCAUGGACAGGUUUUGCGAAUCGCCAUCAUACGCAGAACAAUGCUGCAGGCUUUGGUUGAGUUCGAUUCUGUGGAAUCCGCGCGUAAAGCGAAGUACGUACUGAACGGAGCGGAUAUUUACUCAGGCUGCUGUACGUUGAAAGCCGAAUUUGGAAAGCCUGAUCAUGUAAAAGUGACCCGAAAUGACCAGGACCAGUGUGAUUACACGCUUCCAGCAGGUAAAUGGCGUUUAAUCUGUUACAAUCAGUAUCCACCGCACUAUGGUCCACCGGUCGGCAGAAUGGGCUACGGCGGUCCUGGUAUGAUGCCGGGUACUUCGCCUGGUUAUGGCGGUCCUGUGGUCAUGGUGUAUGGCAUUGACCAGGAAAAAUGGAACUGUGACAAGCUAUUUAAUUUAAUGUGCUUAUAUGGGAAUGUUUUGAGAAUAAAGUUCAUGAAGUCUAAGGUCGAUACUGCGAUGGUUCAAAUGGGCGACGCUCAGCAGAUGCAAGCAGCCAUUGAUUUCUUACACGGCACUGCUGUAUUUGAUACGAAGCCUUCGAAACAAACAUCGCUUCAUGACAUUCGGGACCCGUUCGAUCUCCCUGACGGCAGUCCUUCGUUCAGAGACUAUACACGAAGCAGAAAUCAGCGGUUUUCAACUGCGGAGGCGGCAUCACGCAAUCGCAUUGUUCGUCCAACGAAAGUGUUGCACUGGUUCAACGCUCCUGGCGACGCUCUGGCACCAGAAAAGAUCGUGAUUUUUCCCAUGAAGUCGGAUCGCAGCUCUUCUGGCAUAAUCGAGUUCGACACGGUCGAGCACGCGGUUGAAGCAUUGAUAAAAUGCAAUCACACUCCUGUGGAAAGCCCAUGUAAGCCGCGUUGUGUUUUAUUUGUUUUCCAGUCUUCUCUGCGCACUGACGUAUUUUUAGUGGGAAAAAUUCCGUACAUUUUUAAGUUGGCUUUCGCAAGCGGUCGUGAUGGCAAGGAAUACCGAAACAUAUAA